AUGGCACAAACAACUGUUAUUACCUUCUACGGAAGAUCACAUUUAUCCGAAAAGGCUCUUCUUAUGUUUAAAGAAAUACCCUCUUUUCGUUGCUAUAGAAGUAUAAAAUCUGUUAACACUUUGUUAAAUGCACUUUUAAAUUGCAAAGAAUAUAUCAAGAUUGGUGAAAUGUUAAAGAAUUUUGAAAAAUAUGGAACCCCAGAUGUUUGUACGUUUAAUAUACUGAUGAAAAUGUGUUGUAAUCGUGGUGAUUUACGUAACGCUCGUCAAGUGUUUGAUGAAAUGUGUAAGAGAGGGAUUACGCCGAAUGUGGUUACUUUCGGGACGUUGAUUAACGGGCUUUGCGCCAACGGAGAGUUAAACGAGGCGUUUAGGAUGAAAAGGGUAAUGGAGAGAGAUUUUAAGUUGAAGGGUACUAACGCGUUUGUUUAUGUCGCGUUGAUUAAAGGACUUUGUAAGGUUGAUGAUUUGUUAGGGUAUAUUGAUGAGAUGGAAGGGAAAGGGUGUAAGCCUGAUGUGAUUAGUUGUAAUGUGAUAAUUCGGGGACUUUGUGAUGAUGGCAAGUUAAGAGAAGCUAGUGAAUUAUUGGAUGAUAUGCCGAGACGAAGGUGUAAACCUGAUGUGGUUAGUUAUAGGAUAUAUUUGGAUGGGCUAUGUAAGGCGAUGAAGUUCAAGGAAGCUGCGGUUAUUUUGCAUGAGAUGGUUUUCAAAGGAUAUGAAAAUUUUGCUUUUAUAUAA